GGGUACGACUACAGCGGGAAGAACUUCGAGGGCACCGGCGAGUACUUCACGAAGGGGUCGCUCAAGCGCGCGAACUUCAACGACGCGAAUUUGACCGGAAUCACGCUGUUCGGGGCGGAUUUAUCCAACGCGACGUUUGUGAACGCGAAUUUGAGCAACGCAAACCUGGGGCAGGCGAACCUGACGGGAGCGGAUUUCACGAACGCGAUUCUUAGCGGCGCCAUCGUGAGCAGCGCGCAGUUGGACGAGGUGAAGCUUACGAAUAGUGACUGGUCGGAUGUGAUCGUGCGAAAGGAUGUGCUGACGGGACUGUGUAAGGUGGCUGAUGGGGAGAAUCCGGUGACUGGGAACAUCACGGCGCUGAGUUUGAUGUGU